AUGGCGCACUCCCGCUUGAGUUUUGUCACUUUGGACGUUUUCACAGAGAAGCCUUUUACGGGGAACCCGCUGGCCAUUGUCGAAGUCCCACUAUCAGCAGCCCUGAGUCAGGAUCAAAAACAGAAGAUUGCCAGAGAGUUCAACUACUCUGAGACUGUCUUCCUCCAUGAGCGGGAAGACUCUUCGGAGAACACUUGGGCGAUCGACAUCUUCACCCUCGAUAGGGAGCUGCCAUUCGCUGGUCAUCCCGUAAUCGGGACCGCGUGUCACGUCCUAUCUUCCGUUUCACGCGAGUCGGACGAGCAAGUCAUCCGGGGAACAUUCAUCACCAAAGCCGGCCAUGUCGAACUGGAGUACACCGUCACUGAUCGAACUGCGAGGGUCUCGAUACCGCACAAUAUCCACAUCCACCAAGAGGAAGUCAGCCAUGACCAGGUCCGCGAAUCUCAGCCUGGACUCGGCGAAACUUCCAGUUCGCCCCAGAUUUACCCUGUUGUAUCAAUUGUGAAGGGCAUGACCUUCAUCAUGGUCGAGCUCUCCAGUCUGGAAGAGCUCGCGGCGGUCGCAACCACCGCAAACCGUCUCGUACCCCAGCUCGAUGAGGGCUGGCAAGACUCAUUUGUAGGAGGCUAUUUCUUCGUCCGACUGGGUGAAAACAACGGCGGCAUUCUCCGUUUACAGUCGAGGAUGAUUGAGGGCACCUUAGAGGACCCGGCUACGGGAAGUGCGACCAGCGGGUGUUGCGCUUAUCUGGCCAUGCAGUCGGGAAAGCCGGGGCAGACCUCAAAGUUCGCCGUAAACCAAGGCGUAGAGAUGGGGAGAAGCAGUGGGAUCGGUGUGGAGGCCACGCUUGCAGACGAUGGAGCCGUUGAUCGGAUCGUGCUCAUCGGAAGCGCUGUUCGAGUCAUGGAAGGUAGACUUACCCUAUAA